UGCGCUCCUGCGUCUGUGAUUCUGAAGAAAGAUCCAUGGGACACUUUUAUAAUGAUGGCGUUUAUUAAAGAGGAGAGUGAAGACAUGAAGAUUGAAGAAACAUUCAGAGUCAAACAUGAAGAUACUGAGACACAAACAGGACAGUGUCCAAACACAGAGAAAAACGACUUCUGAAUCAACUGAGAUCGACGUGACACUGUUAUAAAGAUGCCGUUUAUUAAAGAGGAGAAUGAAGACAUGAAGAUUGACAAAGCUUUCAGAGUCAAACAUGAAGAUACUGAGGAGCAAACAAAGAUGGAGUUUAUUAAAGAGGAGAGUGAAGAAAUAUUCAGAGUCAAACAUGAAGAUACUGAGGAACAAACAAAGAUGGAGUUUAUUAAAGAGGAGAUUGAAGAAAUAUUCAGAGUCAAACAUGAAGAUACUGAGGAACAAACAAAGAUGGAGUUUAUUAAAGAGGAGAGUGAAGAAAUAUUCAGAGUCAAACAUGAAGAUACUGAGGAACAAACAAAGAUGGAGUUUAUUAAAGAGGAGAGUGAAGAAAUAUUCAGAGUCAAACAAGAAGAUACUGAUGAACAAACAAAGAUGGAGUUUAUUAAAGAGGAGAGUAAAGAAAUAUUCAGAGUCAAACAUGAAGAUACUGAGGAACAAACAAAGAUGGAGUUUAUUAAAGAGGAGAGUAAAGAAAUAUUCAGAGUCAAACAUGAAGAUACUGAGGAACAAACAAAGAUGGAGUUUAUUAAAGAGGAGAGUGAAGAAAUAUUCAGAGUCAAACAAGAAGAUACUGAUGAACAAACAGACCUAAUGGCACUGAAAGAGGAGCAGGAAGUACUGAAUGAAAUUGAGGAGAAAGAUCUUCCUGAUUUCAUAACCGGAGAAAAAUAUUUUUGUUCCUUAAAGUCUAAAAAGACUUCUACGCAAAAAAGAGUUCAAAAGACAGGAACUAGAAGUUGUUUCACUUGCUUUCAGUGUGGAAAGAGAUUCAAUCAAAAAGGAAACCUUGAUGUCCACAGGCAAAUUCACACUAUGGAGAGCAUGUUUACCUGUGAACAGUGUGGAAGCAGUUACACUCAUAAAAGAAGCCUUAACAGGCACAUGAGAAUUCACACUGGAGAGGUACCUUUCACCUGCAAACAGUGUGGAAAAAGUUUCAAUCAACGAGGAAACCUUGACAGGCACAUGAAAAUUCACAACAGAAAGAAGCCUAACAGAUCCCCUCAGAAUGAAAACAGUUUCAAUCAAAGUGGAAAUCUUGACGUCCACAGGAGAAUUCACACUACGGAGAACCUUUUAACCUGCCAACAGUGUGGAAGGAGUUUCGCUCGUAAAGGAAGCCUUACCAGGCACAUGAAAGUUCACACUGGAGAGAAGCCUUUCUCCUGCCAACAGUGUGGAAAGAGUUUCACUCAUAAAAGAAACCUUACCAGGCACUUGCAAAUUCACACUGGAGAGAAGCCUUUCUCCUGCCAACAGUGUGGAAAAAGUUUCAGUCAACCUGAACACCUUAAAGCUCACUUCAGAAUUCACACUGGAGAGAAGCCUUUCACCUGCAAACAGUGUGGAAAAAGUUUCAACAAAAAAGAAAACCUUAAUUGCCACAUGAGAGUUCACACUUGAAACAAAUCCUUCACCUGACAUCUAUGUAGAAAAAGUUUCAAGAAAAAAACAAAACCUUUUCGUCCACAUGUGAAUUCACACUAUGGAGAGACUUGGUUGCACUCAUAAAGGAUACCUUAACAGGCACAUGAGAAUUCAUACUGGAGAGAAGUUUCAACCAAAAAGGUAACCUUAAGUACCACCUGUGGAUUUAUUCAAGAGGAACCGGUUUAAAUGCCAUCAGUGUGAAAUGUGUUUUGCAGAAAAAAAACAAGAACUAGGAAUCAUGAAGGGAAAUAAAAGAGACCCGUCAUGUGCCAUUACUGUGGAAAUACUUCCAGAAACAGCAAAUCUUGAGUUCCACAUAAGCUUGAUGAUGGCAUACCAUCUUCUAUAGAGCUUCUUUACAGCUGAAUCCCAUCUUGCAACAUUGACGUUACCUAACUGAAUUCACUCAACACUGAACUGAUUCUAAUUGAAUUUAAUUGAACAUUGCUGCCUUUUGUAGAACUGGAAACAACUGAAUUUGUCAUUUCAAACAUUGAUGUCAUUUCAAAUUGUUUAUCUUCAGUUAUUGAUCUGAACUGACUUGAGAUUAAUAAUCACACUUUUUUUAUACCUGCUUUACAGUAGAAUCUGAAUUGCCUUUAUUGAUUUUUGAAAUUUCUCUGUUUAUCUGUGAUGUGGUUUAAUACUCUGUAUUAUAUAAAGCAUAAUAGCUGACUUGACAUGAGUUCACACUAGAGGGAAUUAUUUCACCAGCCCUCAAAACCCUGAUAUACUAAUUUCAUUUCCAUUCUUCUCUUGGGUUUAAAAAUAAGAAUAGCCCUGCGUAUAUUAGCUUCAACCCUUAUUAAACAUACCAGAUCCAGCUAAUCAUGUCCUUCAGGGUUAUUUAAAAACUACAGGUAGUUGUGUUGGAGCCAGAGUUUUGCAUCCCUGAUGUAGUACAUCAGUAGGAAAGGCUGUAAUUGAAUGAAAAUCAGGGAAUCAUGCUAAAUUCAGCAUCAGAGUAGCUGCUCAAUAUGUCACAUUUUUAGAUAUUUGUGAUCCUCUCUGUGAAAACCCCGUUAAUUUUGAAUACGCUGUAGCUGCUCAUUUGUGUCCACCGUCUACAUGCUCUAGACCAGCCUUUGACCAGCUUCAAACAAACGGCUUACGGGUCAUGACACUCAAAACUGCUCUGCUUUUGGCCUAACUAUUGGUCCCAGACUCAGUUCCUGGAGGGCCACAGCUCUGCAGUGGUUAGCUCAAACCAGCUUCAAAUUACACCUGCUUGAAAGUUUCCAGUAAUCCUGGGGCCUGUUCCAUAAGCCAGGCUUUUUGACAGUUGAUUUGGUUCAAAAUAAGUCAGAAAACCUGAAAUAAACCUAGCUUAUUUGGUAAACUUUUUUAUGAAACAGGCCCCUGAAGACCUUGAUUACCUGGAUCAGCCGAGUUUGAUUAGGGUUGGAGCCAAACUGUGAAGAGCUGUGGCCCUCCAGGAAUUGAGUUUGAGACCAAUGGUCUAAAGAGUAGGUGUCUUGCAAGCGCUGCCCGUCAGUGCUUCCUGUCUUGAGUUUGGACCCAACAACUGUAAAUUUGUUCUCCAACCAUGCAGCGGUUAUGUACAUAAUGUGCUCUCAACACCAUUCAGAGCCCAGGUAAUUUCCCAGCUGGCUCUCCCUGCAGUGGAUGCUGAGCAGGGUCCUAACUUACUGUAUUCAGUUCAGACACUCAGAGUGUACGUGAAGCACUCCAAGUCAUUCAGACAAACCGCAUACCUUUAUGUGCUAUGGAGGAAACUCUAAAGGGCUGCCGGUUACAAAGUAGAGACUGUCUCGCUGGAUAGUACUGUAUAUGCUAUUGUCCUGGCAUAUGCCUCAGGUGGCUCGCAAUAGCCGCGUUUCCACUGUCGGGCCAAAAGCAGGCAUGUUAGUGCGUGAUAGCGCGUUUCUAAUGUCUUUUCUGGUGCUUGAUCGUGCUUCGUCUGUGCUUCCUCAGGGCAAACAGUUGGGUCCAGAAGAGGAGUUUAUCAGCAUCUGGAGAAUGUCAGCAUGGGUUUUUUUUUUACAUAAAGCUGACAGCUAUAACACCAACAUUAAAAACUUUUAAAAAUAAGUUGAGCUCAAAACUCACUUUCAGUCAGCCGCGUGUUUGAAAUAACUUGAUCCGAUGUGGAUUAUAAUCAGCAUACAAGACAGAAAUACUUAUAAGCGAUGCAUAACACUAUGCACACAAGACAUUAACAUUACCAUAGUAAACAUGAUAAAUACAAUGACUUAAGCCCCGUUCACACCAAGAAUGAUAAUUAUAAAGCAAACUAUAAAGAUAACGACGAUAUUAGCGUCCACACCAGCGAACGAUAUUGUCUGUUAAUUCUGAGCGCACAUGCGUCUGCCGCUUUAAAUCCUCGAGCUCGUUAUAGCAGAAUGGAUUUUUAUUGGAUGUCAAUGUUUGUAUAGUUCAUCAGGUGGAAAAAAAUCGUUCUGAAAAUGAUGACGUGUUAGCCCCGCCCGGCCCGUUUAAAAGCACUGGCUCGCACUGACCCCAUAGUGGAAAAGUGGCUUAUUCUCUAUAGGUGUGAGGGCCCAUUCCACCAGAGGAAUGGCCACCUCCUGGGCGUGGUCCUGCAGUAUCUCUUUUGGUGAGAUUUGUGCAGCCUCUGGCUGGUCGUCACUGUCCACCCAGAUUUUAUAAUUUAGAUUUCUUUGUUUUGCAGGCAUGAGUUUUGUCUGUUUAAUCUGCCUAUUUCUCCUCAAUGGUGGAAAUUGUUAUGUCUGUAGUUCUUAGCUGUGGCUUGGCUCUAUUUAUAUAUACCGGCAGCCAUAUCACCCUGGAGACCAAGACCGGUUGCCCACUGAAGCUAAGCAGGGCUGAGCCUGGUCAGUACCUGGAUGGGAGACUUCCUGAGAAAGCUAGGUUGCUGCUGGAAGAGGUGCUAGUGAGACCAGCAGGGGGAUGCUCACCCUGUGGUCUGUGUGGGUCCUAGCGCCCCAGUGUAGUGAUGGGGACACUAUACUGUCAACAAGCGCUAUAUAAAAUGUAAGGAAUUACUAUUAUUAUUGUAGUGUGUAUACAACAGCCAUAGAUUUGUGUGAGCUAAUUUACAGCAUCAUAGGGAUGUAAAAACUUCUACUAUAAAAGCUGCACAUACUUUUUUACAGGCCCUCUGUGAGAAAGUUGAUCCUUUCCUGGCAAACCUAACCUUGGACCCCCCUGUCAAAUAGGUGCUGUGCUCUAUUUGGUUGCUUGCAAACCAAGAGAGAUUCAGGGGUGUUGCAGACCAGUUUGAUAUGUCAAAAGGAACCCUUAAUAAUAUAUUUUCGGGCAUUUGCAAGGUCCUUUGUACACUUGACAAAUUAAUACAUUUGAUGGCACAGAGAGGAUGAGUUUGCAAACCUGGCAAAUAGCUUUCAGGAAAAAACUGGCUUCCAUGGAGUAAUUGGAGAAAUUGAUGGCACACACAUUCCCAUACCAGCACCCACACUCCAUAGAAACAGUUACAUGAGCAGGAAAGGACAUGCAAGUAUUCAACUCCAAGAAGUGUUUACAUCACAGAUGAUGUUCCUGGAUGUGUACACUGGUUGGCCGGGGUCUGUGCAUGAUGCUAGGGUGUUUCGGAACUGUCCAUUAUAUGGCCAUCUCCAGGAUGUAAUGAGAAGUGACUACCACCUGCUUGGAGACUGCAUUACACCAUAUAGAGAUAAUGGGCACUUAUCCCCGGCCAAUAAAAGCUUAACACACUCCACAGCUCAACAAGAGUUGUAAUUGACAGGGCAUUUGGCCUUCUAAAGGGGAAAUGGAGAUGACUGAAGUACUUGCCCAUGGAAGACCUUAAAAAAGUACCAAUGGUUAUCUGUUAGCCACAUGUGGUUUACACAAUUUCCUCUUGAGGGAGGGAGGCCCACCAAAUGGAGGAUUGUAAAGAAGUGGAUGGCAAUAACGACAAUGAUUUUGAAGCAGGACAACCUGAAAAUAGUUCAGGUAACAGAAAAAGGGAUGAACUUGUUUUAUUUUUGGUGGAGGGUGAUUAAAGUGUGUUAAACUAAUUUGUUUGUGUUUACCUACGUUUUCAGCUGGUUUUGUUUAAUAAAAGAAUGGAAAUAAAAUAUUGAAUAACAAACCAGUAAGGUGAGGUGAUCAAGAUCGCAUGGAUGUCCUUCAGCAUAUAUACUGUACAUCAGGGGCGGCGUUAGGGGUGGGCUAAGGGGGCUGGAGCCCCGAAUGUUUUCAGUAAAGCCCCGAAUGUUUUUAUUACCACCAUGCCAUCAAUGAGUUUUCAUGCCCAAUAAAGUUAUUUAUAUUAGAAUUUAAAUAAAUAAAUAAAUAUCUCUCGACUCUCACGUCCAAAGUGUCUGUAAAUUUACCCAAGUAAGUUAUGCGUUGUAAUUCACACCCAACAAAAAAUGCCCACUGAUUCUAGUGCUUAUAACUGACAUUUAAACUGGCCAACCAUCGAUGAGCGUCUGUACGAUCCAGCCAAUGAAAUGAGAUCUUUUUGAGGCAGGCGGUUUGUUGGCGUGUAGUAUUUUACUAGAUCAAUUUAUUUGAAAAUUAAAAUGUAUAUUUCAAAAAAAAUCAUCUUCUUCUUCUUCAAAAAAGGAAGUAAAACCCCCCAGCCAAAACACUUGAAAGCCAAGAUACAACAGCUUCAGGUAUCUGUAACUUUUAAUCUUAGUAUUAUAUUUCUUUUUCGGUUUUAAAUUGUGUCUCAUUUAACGUUACAUUUUGAACAUCUAACAGUUAACGGUUGCGCAGCACAGUCUUUAGGACACACACACACACACACACACACACACACACACACACACACACACACCGCUCCGAACUCCCGAACUGAUUCAAAUGAUUUGCGAUCCCCAAACUGACUCAAAUUAUUCGCGAACCCGCUACGAACUCACAAACUGCUUCAAAUGAUUCACGAUCCUCAAACUGAUUCAAAUGAUUUACAAUCCCCAAACUGACUCAAAUGA